AGUAACAGCCAGUACCAUCUCCGGCAGAGGCUGAAUGGCUGGUCUAGAGCAAGGAGAGAGAGCCAGCAGGCUCAGACUUGCACUCUCCAAGGCGCCCACCAAACUCCCAAAAGAAUGGCAGCCUGGGCAUCGGAGCCCCCUUCUGGGCAGCCUAUGAGGUGAGGGACCAGAAGAACGAGGGUCAGGUAAUGGGAACUGUGGCACUGAAGGAUCCCAUCGCCUCUCUGCAUACUGGCACAGGUGAAGCCUGAGCAUUCCAAUGGCCAACACCACAGGGCUGAUCGCCGCAGAAGUUGCAGGCUCGGUGGGCUUGAUCCUGGCAGUUCUCGUGGAGGUGGGGGCCCUAUUGGGUAACGGGGCACUGCUGGUUGUGGUGCUACGCACACCUGGCCUGCAAGACACGCUCUAUCUGGUGCACCUAUGCGUUGUGGACCUUCUGGCAGCCGCUUCCAUCAUGCCGUUGAGCUUGCUAGCCGCACCCCCUCCUGGGUUGGGCCGCGUGCGCCUGGGACCCGGGCCGUGCAGAGCUGCACGCUUCCUCUCCGCGGCGCUGCUGCCCGCAUGUACGCUUGGCGUGGCCGCGCUAGGCCUGGCGCGCUAUCGCCUCAUUGCAUACCCGCUGCGUCCUGGCGGGCGGCCGGCGCCCGGGCUCGUGCUCACUGCAGUGUGGGCCGCUGCUGGGCUUCUGGGUGCGUUGUCCUUGCUUGGGCCGCCACCUGCGCCGCCACCAGCCCCGGCGCGCUGCUCGGUCCUGGUUGGAGGCCUCAAACCCUUCAGGCCACUCUGGGCGCUGCUGGCCUUCGCGCUGCCUGCGCUCCUGCUGCUUGGCGCCUAUGGCAGCAUCUUCCUCGUGGCGCGUCGCGCCGCCCUGCGUCCCCCGCUGCCCAUGCGCGGUACCCGGCUGCGAUCGGACUCUCUGGACAGCCGCCUCUCCUUCUUGCCUACCCUCCGGCCUCGCCUGCCCGGAGGAAAAGCAGCCCUGGCCCCAGGUCUGGCAGUAGGCCAAUUUGCAGCCUGCUGGCUGCCUUAUGGCUGUGCGUGCUUGGCGCCAGCAGCGCAGGCAGCAGAGGCCGAGGCGGCUGUCACCUGGGUGGCCUACUCGGCCUUCGCUGCUCACCCCUUCCUGUAUGGCUUGCUGCAGCGCCCUGUACGUUUGGCGUUGGGCCGCCUCACCCGCCGUGCUCUGCCUCGGGUCCCAAAAGCCUGGCACCCUCGAGCACUCCUGCAGCGCCUCAAGGGACCCCCAGAAGGCCCUGCCCUGGGCCCUUCUGAGGCACGCCAGCAGGCCGGCGGAUUUGCGGGAGGACCCAGCCUGAGCCUGCCAGAAACCACUUAAGAGCUCCUUCUCCUGACUGAGGAAAGAGGGCGCUAUCAAAGAAGACCCAUCCAGCCUCCUGCACAGGCGGCAGCAGGUGCCCAGCCUGGACUUUUGGCACUGAAAUGGGAGACAGUUUGUCUGCAGUCUGGCAAGGUCCAGAGACUUCUCCAGAAUUUUUGGUUCUGAGCCACAUGGCACAGCCCUGUGCACAACCUACUCUCCUGAGACCUCAGUUUCCCCUUCUGUACCCUGAAUCAUCUCUGAGAGUCCCUCUGGCACAGGUUGUUUAACUCAUGGAUGGCCCGCAAGUCCCCAAGGAUGGGCCAAGCCACAGUAGAAGGCACCAGGAGGUGGACCCUCAGAAGGACUUCCCCAACAUCUGAACCAGGGAGACAAAGCUGGACAAAGCUACUGAACUCUUCUAUCUACUUCUGUGUCCAGAAGACAACUAGAUCUCUCUAAUGCUAGAAGCAGGAGGCUGGACAACCCCCAAAGGCCCUGAAACCUGAAAAGUGGUGUGUGGAGGGGGCUGGAGCCCAAGUCAAAGAUGAAAGUCCUCUGGGGCUUCUGCUGCACCCACUUUCUGCACAUUUUACCACCCCAACACCAGUAUUUCACACCUUUCUGGUCGCUGAGAAUAUUUAUUCAAAAACAGGGAUUGAAAAAACUGUA